GUCUAUUUCAACUCCUGGUAUUUGGUUGGGGUUAAGCAUCUAUCUACUGCGCCCACAAGCACCAUACCAACCAAUCACAACUCAACACUUUUGACCUUUCCCUUUCAUUCUCACCCUUCUUCUGUUUCUUGCUCCUGUUCCAUUGAUAUAGAGUGAAAGAUCCCUGUCUUGCAAGUACAAAGGCCCCGGGCUCACAUUUUUCUUUAUCACUAUAAUACUUUACUUCUUCUCACUCUCUCUUUCUCUCUCGAAAAAAAAAAGUUCAUUUCCCACUAAAAAGCUUCCAUGUACUUCCAAAGCUUCAAGCUUUAACAACUCUGCAAAACACAGAUAAAAACCCUCCUCUCUCUGUUUCUCUUCUUUUGUAAGUUUUUCUUUAAUGGGUGUUUGAAAUUUUCGGUGAAUCUUUCUUGCUUUCCCAGCUCUCAGUUUCUCAAAACUUGAUCUGGGUGUCUGUGAUUUUCUUCUAAUUAUAAGUAUUUUUGUGUGUGUGGAUCUGAUAUUGAGGUCUAGGGUUUAUCUUUUUUCACCAAUUAAGGAUCUUGAAUUCUCCUUGGGUUUUGGAAAGUUGGUGUCUUUUUCUUUUAUUGGAUUCCUUCCACUUAUAUGCUUCUUUGAAAAAGGGUUUUUGGGAUUCCAUUCCAAUAAAUUCAAAUGCUUCUUCCAUAAGCAAUACCUUCAUUCCUCUGCAUUUCCCAUCAGGGUUUUCUCUCUCUCUUUGAAAAGAUAAAAACUUUCAGAGAGAGAGACUACAGAGUCAUUGUUAUGCUUGUUUAAAUAAUCCAUAGCAUGAUUCAUUAGAGCUCAUAUAUUCAAUUCAACUGUAUAUUAGUAAUAAUAACACCAUGUACAGAGGAAUUGAAUUACUCUCUCCAGCCACUUACCUCCAAAACUCAAAUUGGUUGUUUCAAGAGAGCAAAGCAGCCAAAUGGACUCCAGAAGAGAACAAACGCUUUGAAAAUGCUCUAGCAGUUUAUGACAAGGACACACCAGAUCGUUGGGUGAAAGUUGCUGAAAUGAUUCCUGGGAAAACUGUUGGGGAUGUGAUGAAACAGUACAGAGAAUUGGAAGAAGAUGUGAGUGAUAUUGAGGCUGGUUUGAUUCCCAUUCCUGGCUAUUCCACCACCACAAACUCCUUCACCUUGGAGUGGGUUAACAACCAGGGCUUUGAAGGGUUGAAGCAAUUUUACAGUGUUGGUGGAAAGAGAGGAGCCAACACUAGACCAUCUGAUCAAGAAAGGAAGAAAGGUGUACCUUGGACUGAAGAAGAACACAGGCAGUUUCUGUUGGGACUUAAGAAGUAUGGUAAAGGUGAUUGGAGAAACAUCUCUAGGAAUUUUGUGACCACAAGAACUCCAACUCAAGUUGCUAGUCAUGCUCAGAAGUACUUUAUAAGGCAAGUGACUGGUGGCAAAGACAAGAGGAGAUCAAGCAUUCAUGACAUCACAACCGUUAAUCUUCCUGAAUCGAAAUCUCCAUCUUCAGAGAAUGGAAGAUCUCCUCCUUCACCUGAUCACUCUGUGCCAGUUAUGCAGCCAAAUUUGGCUAAGCAACAGCAGCAGCAGCAGCAAUAUGACUGGAAGCCAUCAAAUGAAAGCUUGCCAAUGGUGUUUAAUCAGCUAAAUUCGAAUGCUUAUGGGGGACCCUUUUGUGGGAUUUCUUCAUACAAAUCUAAGCUACAGGAGCAAAAUUUGCUAAGUGGAAAUCUUCGUGGAUCGCAGUUUGGUGCUUAUAGUAGUAGUACACUGUAUCAGAUGCAAUCUAUGCACCAUCAAUGAAAACCAAUGCUUGGAUCAAAGGGCUGAUUUUUCUCGAGUUUCUAAAGCGUUUGAGAGAUCCCAGAACGUUAUUCUAUGGAGGUUGGAAUCUCACCAUCCAUGCCAUUUAUAAUAGUUUUUAUGUGAAUAUAUUUGAUGAGGACUCUGAAUUAGUCCCUUAGCAAUUAGGCUCUAUGAGAAGUUCUGUUACUGUUAGUUCAUAUUCUGAUUUGAUAUUCCAAAAAUUUCUGAACCAUUGAUUAAGUGAAAGCUUGAGCUUUUUUCA